CCGCCCCCGCCGCCCCGGCCCGGCCCCGCUCCCCGCGCAGCCCCGGCCGCCCCGCACCAUGUCCAAGGAGUCGCGGCCCGGGCGGGAGGAGAUCCUGGAGUGCCAGGUGAUGUGGGAGCCUGACAGCAAGAAGAACACGCAGAUGGACCGCUUCCGGGCGGCCGUGGGCGCCGCCUGCGGCCUGGCGCUCGAAAAUUACGAUGACUUAUACCAUUGGUCGGUCGAGUCAUAUUCGGACUUCUGGGCAGAGUUCUGGAAAUUCAGUGGAAUUGUCUUCUCGCGCAUGUAUGACGAGGUGGUGGACACAUCAAAAGGCAUUGCGGAUGUGCCCGAGUGGUUCAAGGGCAGCCGUCUGAACUAUGCGGAGAACCUUCUGCGGCACAGAGAGAACGACAGAGUCGCCCUUUAUGUUGCAAGGGAGGGCAGAGAGGACAUCGUGAAGGUGACUUUCCAAGAGCUGCAGCAGCAGGUGGCCUUGUACGCGGCAGCCAUGCGGAAAAUGGGGGUGAGGAAAGGAGACCGGGUCGUCGGUUACUUACCCAACAGCGCGCACGCUGUGGAGGCCAUGCUGGCUGCAGCGAGCAUCGGCGCCAUCUGGAGCUCCACGUCCCCGGACUUCGGUGUGAACGGCGUGCUGGACCGCUUUUCUCAAAUUCAGCCGAAGCUCAUCUUCUCCGUGGAGGCCGUCGUGUACAAUGGCAAGGAGCACGGCCACAUGGACAAACUGCAGCAGGUCGUUAAAGGACUACCAGACUUGAAGAAAGUGGUGGUCAUUCCUUACUUCACUUCCAGAGAGAAGAUUGACAUCUCAAAGAUUCCAAAUAGUGUGUUUCUGGAUGAUUUUCUUGCAACCGGGACGGGUGAGCAGCCCCCGCAGCUGGAGUUCGAGCAGCUGCCCUUCAGCCACCCCCUCUUCAUCAUGUUUUCCUCGGGCACCACCGGAGCGCCCAAGUGCAUGGUGCAUUCUGCAGGGGGCACCCUCCUCCAGCACCUGAAGGAGCACAUUCUUCAUGGCAACACGACCAGCAGCGACAUCAUCUUGUAUUACACCACGGUCGGCUGGAUGAUGUGGAACUGGACGGUGUCCGCUCUUGCCACGGGGGCGGCCCUGGUCCUGUACGACGGCUCCCCGCUGGUGCCCACGCCCAACGUGCUCUGGGACCUGGUGGACAGGAUCGGCAUCACCAUCCUCGGAACGGGUGCCAAGUGGCUGUCUGUGCUCGAAGAGAAGAACUUGAAGCCGGCGGAGAGUCACAGUCUGCAGACGCUGCACACGAUCCUGUCCACCGGCUCCCCGCUGAAAGCCCAGAGCUACGAGUACGUCUACAGGUGCAUCAAGAGCCGCGUCCUGCUCGGCUCCAUCUCAGGUGGCACCGACAUCAUCUCCUGCUUCAUGGGCCAGAAUUCCUCCGUUCCCGUGUACAAAGGGGAGAUUCAGGCCCGCAACCUGGGCAUGGCCGUGGAGGCGUGGAGUGAGGAAGGAAAGGCAGUGUGGGGAGAGAGCGGUGAGCUGGUAUGCACAAAGCCACUUCCGUGCCAGCCCACACACUUCUGGAACGACGAGAACGGGAGCAAGUACAGGAAGGCGUAUUUCUCCAAAUUCCCAGGUGUCUGGGCGCACGGCGACUACUGCAGGAUCAACCCCAAGACCGGGGGCAUCGUCAUGCUGGGCCGGAGUGACGGCACCCUCAACCCCAACGGAGUGCGCUUCGGCAGCUCGGAGAUCUAUAACAUCGUACACCCUCAACGGCAAGAAAGUGGAGGUGGCCGUGAAGCACAUCAUCGCCGGGAAGCCGGUGGAGCAGCGUGGGGCCUUCUCGAACCCCGAGACCCUGGACCUGUACCGGAACAUCCCCGAGCUGCAGGGCUUCUGAGCUGGCCCGCCCCCCGUCUCGGCCACGCGCACCUGUCCUGGGACUUGUGUGUUCCAGAAAUGGCCCAGAAGCCUGCUCCUCUACAGGGCCACCUGUCGCGUGGCGAGGACGUCUGUCCGGGCGGGCUGUGUGGGGCACGGUGGGCUUGGGGAGUGUGUCUUUGCACACGUGCUCCCACGUGCACUCACAGAGGAGCUGGAGUCGCGUGUGCAUGUAGUCACACCAGCACCCCGUCGAUGUGUGGGUGGACCCGGGUUCUGGCGAGAGCACACUCCUGAGCAGCGACUGCCACAGCCCCUGCCGGGGGCUCCACCUCACUCUGCACAAAUCCAUGUCUUCCCUGUACGUUGGCGCCCCGGCUCUGUCCGUCGUCCCUCAGGGCCCGGCCACCUGCUGUUGCACAUUUACGGUGCCCAGACGGGCCCCUCUGUGAGUUUACGCCAUCUUCUUACAGCGGGUCAUCAGGACUGGCAGCUGCGGCUCUUGUUGUGCGUGUGUGACGGACGGAACACACGCAGUUCCUGGUGGAACCAUGUGUCGCACCCCAACCAAACAGCGCUUCCCGGCGCACAGAAAGCUCCCUCUGGAGACAGAGCGGGUUUCAAGCUUUAAUAGGAUCUCUUUACUUCGUGGACUUUGAACGGUUUAACGAAUGUUUUACUGUUACUUCAGCCUGGUGUGUGGGUGUUUGAGGGGCCGCGCAUCCACCCUGUGGGCAGUGUUGCUCUGGGGCGGCGGCCGGCUCCCCGGCAGCGGGUCCCGCGGGUCCUCUGGAGACAGAGCUGCACGGCCCGGGGCCCUGGCCUCGCUGCACCCUCCAGCCGAGAGCUCUUGGGACCCUCACGUGGAAAUCGUGGUGUUGGUGCUCGUGAAUCGAGUCACAGGGUCGACAGCCAGGUGGUUUCUGUGUGAAAGUGCAGCAUAUUGGCAAACUCCCAUAAUUCGAAUUUUUGUUUUUGUAUUUUUUUAAACUGAGCACAGUGAAAUAGUUUUCCGAAUCCUUUUUCUUCUAGAUUAUAAAACUGUCUAGGGGAAGCACUUUGAGGAGUUUAAUGCAAUAAACGUGUGCAUAUACGUGCGCACGCCCAUACGU